ACCCCCAUCCUCUUUCCCACCUUUGUUCUUUAACUCGCCGCUUUUACCCUAAGCCGACGGUUCAUAUUUUGCCGAAUCCGUGCCUAGCCCUUUCCUUCUCGGUAGUGCAGCUUCAGGAAAAAAGAUUGAGCUUUUGAGGUUUUUCAUUGAAAAAAAACCAGGCCCCAAAAUAUUCAUCGACUAUUAGCUCAUUUUGAUCUUUCACCCUUCAGCAGGUACGGAUAAGAUAAAACGAGGCGCACAGAGAAGAAUCACAUUUGCAAAACAACAGCGAGAUCGCACUUCAGGCAAAAAUCUCGGUAAGUGAUGCUUCUGAGUAUACAGCCUGCUCCAAUGACGAAUGAUUAUUCCUUCUCGAAACAGACACAAAAGCAAGAGAACCGAGAGAGCCCGGGAGAACAAUGGGAACAGGAUGUGGAACAACAGCGGCGUCAACAUGAUAUUCUGAGACAGCAGAACCAGCCGAGUCAGGUAUAUCCAGCAUAUCAAGAUUUUCAAGAAAGUCGAGAGUACCGGCAACCGCAAGAAGAAUUGACGCAACAGUCACGAUUACCAAUAGAAGCAUAUCCUAGAGAUUAUUUGGGUAAACCGCAAGGUGGAUACGCGGUAUCGACACAUCAAUAUCUACCGCCUAUACAGCAGUCGAGUAGAUAUUUAUUUAGUGUUCCAAACCACAACGGCUAUGUAUUCCAGCAGAUACCGGCGGACGAGCCGAAGUAUUCAUCCGAUUACAACUAUCAAGUCCCAUCUUUGCAACCUUCAUCGCAGCAGCAAACCUUGCCACUACCCACUCCAUCCGCACCAAGUAUCAUGUCGCAGUAUCCUCCCUUCCCGAGUUUGGUCAAUGAUGCACAAAGGAGAGAUCAAUUAUACGCCAACCCACAAUACUACCCUGCAUAUAACGGAGCAUACUUGACACAUCCCUCCAUGUCACCUAUCCAGUCACGAUCGCAAUCAAUACAAUUAAACCCUACAGAGGCGCUGGCUCCUCAGCAGUAUUACGGCCAGAAGAUCAUGGUACCGCUGCCUGAAGAAAGCUACGGGUUCCACAGCAGCAACUGCAGCAGCAGCAACAGCAAUUGCAAGAAGCGCACCACAAACGCAAGUACAAGCUAUGGUCAGAAGAGGAGGACCAGAGGUUGCUGGACUUGAAGAGAAACAAACUGCUUAGCUGGAAAGACAUUGCCACGAGGUUUUCGGACCGGACGCUGCAUGCUUGCCAGUUCAGGUGGAGAAAAAUCAGUCCGUACUUAGAUGGAGAGGACGACGUCGGAAAUGACGGCGCUGAGGAGGUAUCCGAAGUCGAAGAGCACCCCGCAAAGGACGAGCAAGCGCAAGAAGUGGGAGAAGGAGACGGAGACGGAGACGGAGACGGAGACGGAGACGGAGUAGAUGAAAAGAACGG